AUGCGACGCGACAGAGCCCGCAACGUUGCCCCCAUCCUCCUCCUGCUGCUCGCGGGCGCUGCCGAUGCGAAACAGCCCCACCUCCCUCCUCCCAACGGGAAUGGCGGCUGCCAGGAGUACUCGAGCUAUUCGAUGCGUGCCCAAGGCACACCCUCGACCGGCCCGCUUGGUCUGCCCUAUAUGCGCCCGCCCCCCGGAUGCCGGACUUUCAAUAGCAGCGCGGUGGAAAAAGUCCUGACCAACUUGACGAGCCGCAUGACGGACCCAGACCUUGCUCGCCUCUUCGAAAACACGUACCCAAACACGCUAGACACGACCAUCCGGUGGGCGGGGCCCAACCUCACCUUCGUUGUGACAGGCGACAUACCCGCCGAGUGGCUGCGCGACUCGAGCAACCAGAUGAAGGUCUACCUCCCGCUCCUGGCUCACGACGAGCCGCUGCGCCAGCUGACGAAGGGCGUGAUAAACCUGCAGGCGCGGUAUAUCGCGCAAUACCCAUACUGCAACGCGUUCCAACCUCCACCCGAAAGCGGACUGCCCCCGCAAGGCGGGAGCGGCGACACGGGCGCGUCUGUAUCGCCGCCGGAUAACUUGACCAUCGUUUGGACGUGUGGGUAUGAGCUCGACUCCGUCCUCAGUUUCCUCCAGCUGAGCCGGCUAUACUACGAAUACUCCAAUGACACUUCAAUCUUCACGUUUAACAACGGCAGUUGGUUCACAACUGUUGAAGGCAUCCUCCAGCUCAUUGAAGACCAGGCGGUUCCCACUUAUGACGACGAAGGCAACGUCGUCUCUUUCUACAACAUCAGUGGGCCCAACCAGCAAUAUAUGAAGAACAACGGCCGAGGGCCGCCGAAGGCGCUCACCGGCAUGAUUGGGACGACGUAUCGGCCGUCGGACGAUGUCGUGGACUUUCCUUACAACAUACCCCACCAAGCCAUGGCGGUUGUCGAGCUUCGCGGGCUAGCGAGUAUAUACUCCCAGCUCAAGGCCGUUGCCCGUGCUGAUCCUGAGCUACACACAAUCAUGUCGGCUUUAUCUGCGCCACAUAUUGAUACCCUGGCUCUGAAGCGCGCGAACAAAGUAGAGAAAGGAAUAUACGAGUAUGGGACGGUCACGACCAAGCACUGGGGCGAAGUAUUUGCGUAUGAGGUCGACGGGUUUGGCGGAGUCGCGAUUCAGGACGACCCUAAUGUUCCGUCCUUGGUCUCAAUUCCGUACCUCGGCUUCGUAAACGCCACGAACAAGAUAUACCGGAACACACGCAAGAUGGUGCUGUCGAGAACGGGCAACCCGUACUACGGCUUUGGACCUGCCAUACGUGGUGUAACAUCGCCACAUGUGGACGAGAAGCACGUCUGGCCGAUGGGGCUUGUGAGCGAGGUUGUAAGCGCAACGAAAGACGAGGAUGUUCUUACCGCCUUUGCGUGGCUGAAGAACUCCACGACCGGUCUCGGGCUCAUCCAUGAAAGCGUCAACACACACGACGGGACGGAUUAUACCCGCUCAUGGUUUGCGUGGGCCAAUUCAUAUUUCGCAGAGGCCGUGCUGCAGAUCGCGGAGACGAAGCCGCAUCUGCUCUUCAAGGAUGGGAAGGGGUGGAAUUUGACGGCAGUGUUGGAUGCUUGA